AAAUGGUGCAGAGAACAACAAGUCAUGUUAGAAGUUUGUAUUGUUAUACAUGCUUUUAAUUUCUUGAGAAAUUUUCUUGAGCAAGUCUCGUGGUUAGUCUAAACAAGGCAACUCCUGAUGGAGCGUAAGCUGCUUUUAAUUUCCAUCAUAAAGAGGCUAGCAGUUAACGGCACAUUUACUUAACAAAACCAUUUCACUGGAAAUUUUUAUGAUGUCAGCCAGCUAUUUAGCUGCCCUUUAAAUACCUAAAUCCGCAUGGUGCUGAAAAUCUGGCAAUGUCUGGCCACAGAUGGUGGUGAAAAACUUGGAGCUUGAUGAAACUGCAGUGUUUUCUUGUCGCAUGAAGUUGUUACCGUAGUCUUAAACCUAAGAUGAAACAAAGAAUAUUUUGCUUGUAUACCUUGCUGAUAGUGGUUAGUCCAGUGUGUGGACAGUGGUGGUGGUCUCGAUACUGGGGCACACCUGAAACAACAUCGGCACCUCCAGACAUUAUUGACACGGUAACCACCAGAACAGAAGAAGACAUAUCUGAAGGCCUGACUGGAACAAGGAGACUUUCAUCUCAGUUAACAACCCAAAAGGGAGUGUCCCCUGCUUCUGUGGAAACAAAAUAUGCAGCUAAUAAUUCAAAGAAUGUUAAACAUCUUCUAAAAAGAAUAACAUUUGAGCGAGGCUCCAAGGGGCUUCUUGAUCUCACAGAGCUAAUAGGAGUCCCACUUCCUCCAUCGGUUUCCUUUAUCACUGGAUUUGAAGGGUUUCCAGCCUACAGUUUUGGACCAAAUGCUAACAUAGGCCGGCUGACUAAAACACUGAUAACGGAGCCUUUCUACAGGGAUUUUGCUGUCAUAAUAACCAUAAAACCAACCACUAACCGAGGUGGCGUGCUCUUCGCCAUUACGGAUGCCUUCCAGAAAGUUAUUUAUCUGGGACUUGCCUUGACGCCGGUUGAGGAUGACACGCAGAGGAUUAUAAUGUAUUACACAGAACCGGGUUCUUCAAGGUCUCAGCAGGUGGCUUCUUUCAAGGUGGCUGGGAUGACAAAUAAAUGGAAUCGUUUUACACUGGGUGUGCAAGACAAUGAGAUCACUCUGUAUAUGGACUGUGAGGAAUACCACCGGACAACGUUCCAGCGCGUGUCUCACCCACUGAAGUUCGAAUCAAGCUCAGGAAUCUUUGUCGGAAAUGCAGGAGGAACAGGAUUAGAGAAGUUUGUUGGGUCAAUACAGCAGUUGUUAAUAAAACCUGAUCCAAGAGCUGCAGAAGAGCAAUGUGAAGAUGACGACCCUUAUGCAUCAGGAGCAGGAAGUGGGGAUGAUACCCAUGAAGAACAGGACACUGUGGAUGAAGCCAAAAAGCGUGUUGAACAAGUUGAAUAUAACCCAUCCCUACCUGAGGAAGGCAUCGGCAGGCCAGUCCAAGCACCUCCGACAGAAGCCCCAUACAGUGAAGAAACAGAACACUUCUCAGGGUACCGACCUUCAACCAUCCUUCUAGAGCAACACAGCGAGGACAUUACAUUUAGUGAAGAAAGGGGAUAUUCUAGUGUAAGGAAUGAACAAGUCCAAAGAGGGGACAGAGGAUAUGGUUCAGAAGCUGUUCAAAAUGAAAGAGUGGAAAGUGGUUCUUCUGGGUUUGAACCAAAAGGUGAAAAGGGGGACCGGGGUCCCCCAGGGCCACCAGGUCCCCCUGGCCCAACCAGAGUGUCGACCCCUCUGCCAGGACCUCCUGGACCCAAGGGGCCCCCAGGACCACCAGGGCCACCCAGCAAAGAUGGUGAAACUGGUGCUACUGGUAAAGAUGGAUUGCCGGGUGAAAGAGGACCUCAGGGCUUUCCAGGAUUGCCGGGAGAUAAUGGCAUUAAGGGAGAAAAGGGUGAUCCUGGAGUCGGGCUCCCUGGACCUCCUGGCCCCCCCGGCCCGCCUGGACCCUCACGAUACCCGAAUGUGCUUGAUGCUUAUGGGUCAGGCUUUGGGGACUUUGACAGUGAUGCAGAACUAGUUAGAGGUCCCCCUGGGCCCCCAGGUCCUGCAGGACAGCCAGGGCCUCCUGGACCGAGUGGCCCCCUCGGUGCAUCAGAGGGACUUAUCCCAGGACCACCCGGCCCUGCUGGCCAGCCUGGAAAGGAUGGCAAGGACGGAGGAUCUGGAGAUCCAGGAUUGCCUGGUGCUCAAGGUCCACCGGGUGUUGACGGGGCUGCUGGGCCUCAGGGAGAGAAAGGUGAAAAGGGUGACCACGGAUCUCCUGGGCUGAAGGGUGAUACUGGAGACCCUGGGCCAGUUGGAGCAGCUGGUGCUGUAGGUUCUGAUGGCCAGCCUGGAAUACCCGGGUUACCAGGGCAACCAGGCCCCCCAGGGCCUCCAGGGAAAGGCUUCAGCCAUGGACUUGUGGAUAUGGAAGGAUCAGGAGAAAUUGGCGCAUUUGGUAAACCCGGGCCUAGAGGACCUCCAGGAGCUGUGGGAAAACCUGGACCAAUGGGACCCAAGGGUGAAAAUGGUACUAUUGGCCUUCCAGGUAUAGCUGGCGAAAAGGGUGAUGCAGGAUUGCCUGGAAAUCAAGGGCAUCCAGGAGUGGCUGGACUUCCAGGGCAAAGGGGAGAAAAAGGAGAAACUGGGGAUAUAGGACAAAAGGGUGAACCUGGGCAGAUUGGAAAGAGUAUAAUAGGCCCACCAGGCCUACCCGGACCACCAGGACAAGUAAUAUCCCUACAUGAUCUUAUGUUCAACGAUACUGAAGGAAUAUUUAACUUUACUGACAUCCGAGGACCACCUGGUCCUGAAGGCAUGCCUGGUCAAGUAGGAUUUCCUGGACCAAGGGGACCAAAAGGUGCUACAGGUUUUCCAGGCAUGCAAGGACUUCCGGGAAUGAAGGGUGAAAAGGGUGAAGCAGGGUCUAUCAUUGUAGCCGAUGGAUCUCUGAUGGCAGGAUUAACCGGGCCAAAGGGACCAAAAGGAAUUCAGGGUGAGCCAGGCUUAACCGGACCUCGAGGACCAAUGGGGCCAAAUGGACCACUUGGACCAAAAGGAGAAUUUGGCUUCCCUGGACGUCCUGGUCGUCCAGGAAUGACUGGAAAGAAGGGUGAGAAAGGAGAAGUUGUGAUGCUACCAGGAACUCCAGGCCUGCCUGGCCCACCUGGACCUCCAGGUCCAGCCAUCACCAUUAAAGGAACAGUUUUUCCAGUCCCUCCCAGACCUCACUGCAAAACUCCCGUAAAUGGAAAUGAAGAAACACAGCAUGAACACACAUUUACCCAUGGACCAAAAGGACAAAAAGGAUUGUUUGGCUCUAAAGGUGAAAAAGGAGACAAUGGCGUUUCUGGAAUACCUGGACCAAAGGGCUGGUGGAAUCCUGACGAGUUUAAGGGUGAGAAGGGAGAUUCUGGAUAUAAGGGUGAUAAAGGGGAGAAAGGUGAAGCAGGUGUUUCUGGACCUCCUGGCCUUCCUGGUAGAUCUGGACUGGUUGGGCCCAAAGGCGAGUCUAUUAUUGGCCCCAGAGGGUCGCCAGGUGUGCCAGGUGUGCCGGGACAACCAGGGUUUGGAAGACCAGGACCGGCAGGCCCCCCAGGACCACCAGGACCACCCUCUCUCUUCGGUUCAGCUGUUGCAAUCCCAGGACCUCCAGGACCUCCUGGACAGCCAGGCCCAUCUGGAGUUGAUAAUCCAACAUUCACAUACAGAAACAUUGAAGCUCUGCAGAGCGAAACCUAUCGCACAGCAGAGGGCACCAUGGUGUAUGUCACAGACAAGAGUGAAGUCUACAUCCGAGUGCGACAAGGCUGGAGAAAAGUCCUGCUAGGUGAACUAAUGCCUUUCCCAAGUGAAAUCCCACCACCUCCAGCUGCAUCAGGUCUUGAGAUUCAGAGCUUCCUUCCUGGAUACAAUCUUCUCCCACACACAGUUCAUACACAACCUGGACUCCAUCUAGUUGCGCUGAAUGCCCCGUUUUCCGGGGACAUGCGAGGAAUACGUGGAGCUGAUUUCCAGUGCUUCCAGCAAGCACGGGCCAUGGGGCUAACGGCAACAUACAGGGCCUUCCUUUCUUCUCACCUUCAGGAUUUAGCCACAGUCGUGAAGAAAGGCGAUAGAUUCAACAUGCCUAUUGUCAAUCUUAAGGGUGAAGUGCUCUUCAACAACUGGAUAUCAAUAUUUUCAGGCAAUGGCCAGUUUGACCCCCAGAUACCCAUCUACUCAUUUGAUGGCAGAAAUGUCAUGACAGAUCCUUCAUGGCCUCAAAAAAUGAUAUGGCAUGGCUCGAAUAGAAACGGAAUUCGACAGACCUCCAAUUACUGUGAAGCGUGGCGAGCAGGAGACAUGGCAGUGACAGGGCAGGCCUCCCUGCUGCAGAGCGGGAGACUUUUAGAUCAACACACACGCAGCUGCUCCAACAACUUCAUUGUUUUAUGUAUUGAGAAUAGUUACAUGCAUGACCAUAGGAAGAAAUAACUCAGGAAGCUGCUUCCAAACAUUAGGCACACAAUUUCAUCAGAGAAAAAGAAAAACAAAGUUGAUACAUCUUUUUUUUUUUUUUUUUUUUUUAGGUGUAGCUUUUUGAAAUAUGUAAAUAUUGCUUUCUGAUGAUAUUGUUCAGCCCACAUACAAUUAGCCCAAAAGAUGCCAAAGAAAAGAUACCUCAGCAAGCAAUCCUUGAGUGGCAUAUGAAGGAAACAAAGCAGCAAAAUGUGCUUUUUGUUGGUAUGGUAACGACACUGCACAGUGGAGCUCAUGAACUGUUAACCUUAUAAUCUGACAAACAGCAGCUGUAAGGUUUAGAGGGAUAGUCUCAUCAUUUCCUUUCAUAUUUAAAACAAAAAUAUCUGUGGGUGCUUGGGUGCUAUUUGUUUAUUUCUUCUGUUGUAAUUGUGUGUUUUUCCCAUAUAAAGACAAAAUAAUAUAUUCUGGGAAAUUACAGGUAUCAUGACUAGAACUAAGCUAACAGCAUAUACUUUACUGCUCCAGUCAAUUUAUGUGCACUACAUUCACUAUUUUAUAUUUUCAGGGUUCUGUUCUACCCGACCCACAAAGGACUUUGUCUGGAUAAUUAUGAAAGGGCUUCAGCUCAGUGGGUUGUAUAGCAAACACAAGGAUGGUCUGUGAAGGUCUAAUUACAUAGACAAUGGCUUUUAUUUAUACAUUAACAGCACAUACUCUAAUGAGAACAAAAAACACAUAGUUUAAUAAAAGUAAUCUCUGGUGUAAUUACUUUUAAAGGAACAGUAUUACCCUACAUAAAAACACAUAUUUAUUGCCAUUUUCUUUUCUAAAAUUAGUGUUUUAUAAGAAUUUGGAUAACAGAGAUUAACAAAGUUGCCAUGAUAUUUUUAAUAAAUAUUCUAUUAUAGGUUUUAAAAAAACCUGUACAUGAUUAUUAAGAAAACUGAAGCUUUUCUUACAUUUUAAUAAAAGAACGAUCAAUAGUCUUCCUACUUACAUUCAAAAAAGGCACUGACUGUCUUUUAAAUAAAAAAAAAAAUUGUACUGUAACAAUAAUUUGGAGGUAACUUGUGUUUGUAUGCUGUUACAUGCUCAUUGAAUACAUUUUUUUUUUUUUGUACAAACUUGACUCUGUUUUAAUGUACUGCGUAAAUGUGUCCUAGUCUAAUUAAUGUCCAGAGCCUCUGUAAAGUUUG